GGCUGCAGGAGUCCUGAAGGUUGAUGGAGGGCCAUGCUAUUCAAACAGCAGGCGUGGCUGAGACAGAAGCUGCUUGUGCUGGGAAGCCUUGCUGUUGGGAGUCUCCUGUAUCUAGUUGCCAGAGUUGGGAGCUUGGAUAGGCUCCAGCCCAUUUGCCCCAUCGAAGGCCGAUUUGGAGCCCGCAGUCAGGCCGAUUUCCCACUUCGUGCCCUGCAGUUCAAGCGUGGCCUGCUACACGAGUUCCGGAAAGGCAACAUUUCCAAAGAGCAAGUUCGCCUUCAUGACCUGGUGCAGCAGCUCCCCAAGGCCAUUAUCAUAGGAGUGAGGAAGGGAGGCACCAGGGCCCUGCUUGAGAUGCUGAACCUCCAUCCUGCAGUGGUGAAAGCCUCCCAAGAAAUCCACUUUUUUGACAAUGAUGAGAAUUAUGCCAAGGGCAUGGAGUGGUAUAGGAAAAAGAUGCCCUUUUCCUACCCUCAGCAAAUCACGAUUGAAAAGAGCCCAGCAUAUUUUAUCACGGAGGAGGUUCCUGAAAGGAUUUACAAAAUGAACUCAUCCAUCAAGCUGUUGAUCAUUGUCAGGGAGCCAACCACAAGAGCUAUUUCUGAUUACACUCAGGUGCUAGAGGGGAAGGAGAGGAAGAACAAAACAUAUUACAAGUUCGAGAAGCUGGCAAUAGACCCGAAUACCUGUGAAGUGAACACAAAGUAUAAGGCAGUAAGAACCAGCAUCUACACCAAACAUCUGGAAAGAUGGUUGAAAUAUUUUCCAAUUGAGCAGUUUCAUGUCGUCGAUGGAGAUCGUCUCAUCACAGAACCUUUACCAGAACUUCAGCUCGUGGAGAAGUUCCUAAAUCUGCCUCCAAGGAUAAGUCAAUACAAUUUAUAUUUCAAUGCCACCAGAGGAUUUUACUGCUUGCGAUUUAACAUUAUCUUUAAUAAGUGCCUGGCGGGCAGCAAGGGGCGCAUUCAUCCAGAGGUGGACCCCUCUGUCAUUACCAAAUUGCGCAAAUUCUUUCACCCCUUUAAUCAGAAGUUUUACCAGAUCACUGGGAGGACAUUGAACUGGCCCUAAAAAUAUGUUGUACAACACUGUGUGUUGUCCCGGAGACA